AUGUUGCCCUGGGGCCAAGCCCUUGCCCCCCCGCUCCUUCGCCCCAUAACGGUGCAGCGCCCCAACAAUCCCGACAACAUCGAGUCCGAUCAUAGGGGCAACAGCUUGGCGUCUGAGACGAACGAGAUCGGCGACGCCAGGCUUCAGAUCGCCAAAGCGAUCACCAAGGUCAGGACGGACAUCGGGGAGCUGAGAGCGCGCCAGGCGGAGCUCAUCUCCGUGCUGCAGCAGCAUGGGUCCGCAAGUGACCACUACGCCGCCAGUGUCGAGCUCGAGACUGUCAUCAAACCCAGGAUUAGUCAACGUGAGGCGUACGUUGUUCGAAUGGAACAGAUCCUGGAUUGGACCUACCAGGUCGAGCAUGAGCGAAACCUCUCGGGCUCCGGGCCGACUCACCUGUCUGCUGCUCUCAUUCGAGAGCGCCUCCGUUUGCUGUAA